UCUCCAACACCUCCUCCGCUAAGCCCUCUGUCUCUCUCUCUCUCUCUCACCACACGCACAGAAACAACUCUCUUGCUGCUUUCAAUGGCAGCAGCCUCAGCGAGCACAGCGCUGUUGAACGCCGCCUUGGGCACGCCCUUCGCGCGGUGCCACCAAGGCGGGCCGAGCACGGUGAGCCUGGGCGCCCUGCCGCGCACCGGGCGGGCGCUCUUCGGGCUCGAGUCCGGCCGGGGACGAGUGACGGCCAUGUCGACGUACAGCGUGAAGCUGAUAACGCCGGAGGGAGAGCAGGUGCUCGACUGCCCCGACGACGCGUACAUCCUGGAUGUGGCGGAGGAAGCGGGGAUCGACUUGCCGUACUCGUGCCGGGCGGGCUCGUGCAUCUCGUGCGUCGGGAUAAUAAAGAGCGGCGAGGUGGACCAGUCCGACGGCACCAUGCUCGACGACGACCAGUUGGAGAAGGGCUACGUGCUGACCUGCGUUGCCUACCCAAAGUCCGACGUCGUCAUCGAGACUCACAAGGAGGAAGAGGUUGCUUGAGAUGUCUUUUGGAAUUGAUGUGCUUGAGUUUAUGGGCACCAUGAUGGUGAUUAGUGCGCUUUUUGUUUGCUUUCAUUUCUUUUAUUUUCUUCUGCCCAACCUUCCCUGAAUAUAAGUAUCUUUGUAGUUCAAUAGCGUUCGUAGAGCAUUGAUAACUCGCAAUUAAAAACCGUAGAUGGCGCUAAUCAGAAGGUGCUAGCUUAUAAAGUUGGUGAAGUAUUUUAGUGGUUGUAAUGGCCAUUUGGAUUUGAAUAA